AUGGUCUCACCGACAGUGAUCAAGGCGCUAGCACGCGAGCUGGCCACACUUGCACGAAGUCCGCCUGAUGGCAUUCGGGUCUCGCUGGAUGAUGCCGAUGUGCUUUCGUUCAGUGGCUGGGUCUCGGGUGCGCCAUCGACGCCUUACGAGGGAGGAUGUUUCCGCAUCACAUUCGACUUUGACGGGAUCGACUUUCCCGCCCAUCCGCCACGCUGUCGAUUUGCCACGCCCAUCUUUCAUCCGAACGUUUCGAGCGCCGGUGAGAUCUGCGUCUCGACGCUGCAGAAGGACUGGACGCGAAAUCACGGUGUGCAACAGAUCCUGCUGGCCAUCAAGUGUCUUCUCAUCCACCCGAAUCCGGAUAGCGCCCUCAAUCCCCAGGCGAGCAGUUUGAUGCAGGAGGACUGGGGGUCGUUUGUGCAGACGGCUGCCAUGUGGACACAGAUCCACGCUGCAAAAGUUCCGCCCUGCUUUCAAGAUGCGAUGCAGCCAACACCAAACACCACCGGCAAAGUUGCGGUCGCACAACCACCACCGCGAGCCAAAGCUGCAGCUCCACCGGCACCUAGACGCGGUCUACGCCGCCUGUAA